AAUUUUACCGGUACAAAAGAGGGAGGUUUAAGCUUAGUGGGUAUUCUAUAAUUUACAAUGAUGAAAACUCGAUGAGAGGAGCCGAAGUUUCGAUUUUAAUUCGAGUUUAUUUCGCUAAGUAUUUUCUCUGCGAUCGCAGGCAAAAUGUGUGGGAAGUUGGCAAAAGACUUCCAUAAGCUCAUGAAGAGCAUUGCCAGCUUUUCGAACCAUCAGGCAAAUGUUGCCCAUUACGAGGAAAACUUGGAUGCAAUCAGGGUGAAAAUUGUACCGAACGAUGGUCUUUAUUACGGAGGCAGGUUCGAAUUCGAAAUCAAAGCCAACGAUUAUCCAAAGAAUGCUCCAAAUGUCACCUGCAUCACACAAAUUUAUCACCCAAACAUUGACGAUCAGGGGGAAAUAUGCUUAAAUCUGUUCAGUGAGUGGGCAGAAACCAAUACUCUGGAGGACUGCGUUCACGGAUUGCUGUUUUUACUGUACAAUCCAAAUCUAGAGGACCCAUUAAAUCCUCUCUUCGAUCCAGAAGUCGACACUGAUUUUGAAGUGUUCGCUAAGAACGUGCGGUUGUCUCUAGAAGGAGGUGCUAUCGAGGGGUGCGACUUCGAGAGAAAUCUGGUGCACGAGGAUAGCAGCACUGACGAGAAUACUACCGGUGAUCAAGUUCAGGAAGACCUGCAAGCCACGGAAUGUAAAGAAGCGGUUGAGAAUGUUGAUGAUGAUGGAUUAAUCGAGAUCCAGGUGUUGGAUGAUGAAAUCGAUUCAAGCGAAGAGGUACCUUCUACAACGAACACCGGCGGCACAGAUCACGCGACCGAAUGUCAUAUUGAUGCAAAUGUAACCAGGACAACUGACUGUAUUUCAGGGAAAAUCAAUUCACAAAGAACUGAAGAGGAACCUGUUGUUCUAGUUGAAAUCGAAAGAAGGGCAAAUCACCUUGAAGAACAUGGAUGAAAAAAAGAAACUUUCCAACUUUCAUUAUUUAGAGCAUGUAAAUGUUGUAGUGUGCGUAUGUCUUGGAAAUCGUAUGAAGGGGAUACACAUCAAUGAUAUGGCUACAGAAAUUUCACCCAAGAAUGUUUGAGAUUUCGAUAAGAUUGCAUCGGUGUUUCUAGAGCGACUUACGUGCUUCCAUGAAGAGCUCUGCGCCGGAAAAAAAGUUAUGCGAAUUACCGGCUGUUCAUUGAAUGUGCAGCCAGUAAUUUGGAUAAGUAAUUUAAGCCAAGGUUUGACGCCUCUCGGUGGCAUGAGGUGUUAGCUGAACAUUUCAGGACAUGUGAUAAUCGCUACGAAAAAGUUACUAAAGCUCCCCUCAUAGAUAUUCUGUAGAGUUUAUAACUAUAUUUAACUAUAAUUACGUUAGCACUUUAGUACAGAACAUUCAUCUGCCGCUGAACCGUCGUGUUUUCCGAGGCAAACCAUUCGUAAUAAAAAUAAAAACUGGU